CGCGGGUCUCGAACUGUUGUUCACCGUCGAUGGCUAUAAAUGAACAAGGCAGGUUCGAUCCUGAGACCUGUGCCCGGAACAAUCUCUCUCGCUGCCCCGGCAUUGAUGGCUUACAACCUCCUCUUCCUCCUCUCCUGCAUCGCCUUCGUCUCCUCGUCUUCGCACGCCUACGUCUACCCUCCUCUCGUGGAGGGCCUCUCCUUCACCUUCUACAAGGCCACCUGCCCCGACCUGGAGUCCAUCGUCAGGAGCUACCUCGAGCAGCUGUUCCAGAGCGACAUCAGCGUCGCCUCCGGCCUGCUGCGCCUCCACUUCCACGACUGCUUCGUUCAGGGCUGUGAUGGGUCGAUACUGCUCGAUGGGUCGUUCAGUGGGCCGGACGAGAAGGACGCAACGCCCAACUUGACGCUCCGCCCGGCGGCCUUCAAAGCCAUCAACGAGCUCCAGACGCUUAUCACCCAAGCUUGCGGCCCGGUCGUCUCCUGCGCCGACAUCACUGCGCUCGCCGCCCGCGACUCCGUUCGUUUGGUAUCGACCAACAGAUUUGGAGUCUUCGCCUAAAUUAAAUAGCACAUU